AUGGCAAGUGGAGGAAACACGGAUAACACAGAACGUAUAACUCGGAACGAGUUAAACAAGAUGAUCUCGGAUGAAGUAACGAGGGUAAUUGAUGCAAAUGUUUUCAAGCUAGCACAAGAGGUGGAGGGCCAAGUACUUAGUACGGUAGAAAAUAUGAUCACGGGCAAGGUGGAUGAAUUGAAGGAAAUGAUAGCUGGAAUUCAAGGCAAGAAAGAGGCAAGACGGUGCACCUACAAGGAUUUUAUGGCAUGUAAGCCUACGACCUUUGACGGGGAAAUCGACCCCAUAGAAUGCCAAAGAUGGAUAGCUAACAUGGAAGGGGUAUUCAUUCGGAGUCAUUGUGACAAGGAAGACCAAGUCAUGUUUGCCACGGGGCAACUCAUGCGAAGGGCUAAAGAUUGGUGGGACUCGUAUAGUAAGGAGAUUGGAGAAAAUCGAGUUCAAACCUUGACUUGGCAAGAAUUCAAACAGCCUUUUAUCAAGUACCAUUGUCCACAAUCGGCUGUGGAUCGAAUUCAAGAAGAUUUUCUCCGGUUGCGACAAAGGGAUGAAUCAGUUAACGAAAUCACGAACACUUUCCUCGAUCAACUGAAGUUUUGUGAAGAAAUAGUUGGAACAGAAAGGAAGAAGAUUAUUCGUUAUCAUGGCAUGCUCAAAGCUGAAAUUCGGGAGUUCAUAACUCCUUCAAAGUGUGAAACUUUGGAUGAGAUCAUUGAUUUAGCAAGGGAUAGAGAAAUCGAGAUAAAGAGGCAAGAUGAACGUGGGGAGAAAAGGCAAGUCGAGAAGGGGUCAACUCAAGGCUCAUCCAAGAAACCCAAAACGCAAGAUCAAGGAAAGAAGGAAGCUUCCAAAGGCGGGUUCCCACGAUGCAAAACAUGUGGAAAACCCCAUUCCGGUGAAUGCUUAUUGGGAAGGAAGGGGUGUUACAAUUGCGGGCAAGAAGGGCAUCCGUACUAUAACUGUCCGAAUCCCAAGAGGGUGUGCUACAAUUGUAAUGAAUCGGGCCAUGUGAAAGCUGAUUGCCCAAAGCUCAAACAAGGGCCGAAGAAAGAAGGAAAGAAAGAAGAAACCGCGAAAGCGAAAGGAAGAAUGUUCCAAAUCUCCACGGAAGAAGCAAGAGCUCACCCGAAUGUGGUCUCAGGGAUUAAAGAAGAAAGCUCAAGUCAUUCCGGAACGCAAACAAACCACGACAAAGGUAAAGCUACUUGAUGGAUGGCAUAUUUGGACCGAACACACUUGUGAUGCACGCUUCCGCGAAGUUGCUAGUCGUGGUCUAAACUUUUGUUAAAUGUUUCUUUUGUUUAAAACGGGUCUUAUGUAAGUAACUUAAUCCGGUAGUUCUUAGAUCUUGAACUUGUAGUUAAAAUGGUAUGGGUUGUAAACUCUUUUUCUAACUAUUUCGUUAGUCAUGUUGAAGUAAAUGCAGAAUUUUAGUUAUGAA